AGUGAACAUCCGGGCUUUACGCGUGCUGUAACACGUGCAAAUUCUCUUUGAUUCGCUUUGCGUCUUCUGCCGCGUCUGGGCCUCUUUCGCUAAUACACGGAGGUUCGUCUCUCAACGCUAAAUAUUGACAAAUCCCUUUUGUGAAGUACGGAAUAUGCCUAAAGGCCCCUCAUGCAGAAAUGUUGCUUCUUCUUAAGGCAGCAGAGUCGGUUGCAAGAGGUUAUAAUGUUCCCGUAGAGGAAGAACCAUCGUUGAGGGCUCAGCGGCGAAAGAAGAAAAUCAACAAGGGAAGAUGGACGAAAGAGGAGGAUGAAAAAUUAAAGGAACUUGUGGAUGAUCUUGGAACUGAUAGUUGGAAGGAGGUGGCAAAUAAUUUCCCUGAUCGCACAGAUGUCCAGUGUCUUCACAGGUGGCAGAAGGUACUAAACCCAGAGCUAGUGAAGGGUCCAUGGACUAAAGAGGAGGAUGACAAAGUUGUGGAACUUGUGCGGAAGUAUGGACCUAAACGGUGGUCGCUUAUUGCUCAGCAUCUGAAAGGAAGGAUUGGAAAACAGUGUCGUGAAAGAUGGCACAAUCAUCUUAACCCACAAAUCAAGAAAUGUGCUUGGACUGAAGAUGAAGACAGGAUUAUUUAUGAAGCUCACAUUACUAUGGGCAACAAAUGGGCCGAGAUAGCAAAAUUGUUACCUGGGAGGACUGACAACUCAAUUAAGAACCACUGGAACUCAACAAUGAGAAGAAAAGUGGAAAGUGCAGGAUACGAUCACUAUAGAAAGAUCAGAUACCAUUUGUCUGAAAAACGGUACAGCAAAGGACAUCUUCUUUCAGCAAAGAAAGAUAAAAGGAGGAGAGAGGAGACAGUUGAUCCUUCAUCUAAUGAUGAUUUACCAUCAGUGGUUGAAUACAACAGCCAUCCAGGCACUAGAAACAGAAGUAGCUCAGACUUAACAAACAUUAAACCAAAACCAACAAGUCAAGAUACUCUUCAUUCUAUGAGCAGAAAGAACAACAAUAAUGGAACAAACCCAAGCCUGAUGUCGCCCUUUAGAAAUACGUUCAUAUUGUCCCCAGAGUCUUCAGAUGCUCUGCUAGAUUCGGAUCCCUCCUCUUGGGGUGAUAUCAGCUCAUUUGACAAGGACAGUUGUGUAGGCAAGAAUUUGGCAUUGUCAAAAUUGACUUCUCCUGGAACAAGAGAAUACAGAUUUGAUGGGAAUUCUAUUGCCAGUCUUCAAACAGAUGGCGGAUCUUUAAUACCUAUUACUUCACCUGUAAUGCAGAACAGGUUUAGCACACCUCCAACUAUUCUUAGACGAGGGCGUAAAAGAAAAUCUGCUGACCAUGAUUUCAGUCACAGUGUCAAUACAGAAGUAUCUUUCAGCAGUCCUAAAGGGGCCACCCCCAUCAAGCUCUUGCCAUUCUCACCUUCGCAGUUCCUUAAUUCACCUGUAAAUUCAAGCAAAGUUCAGACGUCAACUCCAGCUUGUGAAAAAAUUCAAGUCAGUUUAACAAACACAACACUGCAUACUCCUGGUGUACUAGAAGCAAGCUCAGGGGAGGAUCCUUUCCGAACUCCACGCAUCAGAAGAACUUUAUUAUGUGUAUCUCCACGCACUCCAACACCAUUUAAAAAUGCCCUGAAAGUGUUCAAUGACACGAAAAUGGCACAUACACCAGACAAUUUUGAAGCAGAUUUCAAUGAAAUCAUGAAACGGGAGGAAGAAGAAAGUGGUGUUCACUUAUCCUGUAGUGGGGGAAAAACAUCCUCUAGAGUACGGACCUCCCUUGAGGAAAAGUAUGCCAAGAUGAGCAAAACAACAUCAGCACCUACUGCCAAUGGAUCAGAAGAACAACCAAGUGUGAUGGAACAAGAACAAAGUUCUUCAAUUGUUGAGUGUGUUGUGGAGGAUUCCGGUGUUGUUCAGACAUCAGUUUUACCCUCACCUUCCAAGGAUUCAUCAUUUAUCAAACCUUCUGAGAUCUUUGGCCAGCAUAACCCCUUCGCCACACCUAGUUCUGUGACGUCUGAAACUGGAGUAAGUGGAAAAAACCUGGCUCAAACCACACAGGUUGAACAUUUCUUAUGCCCUAGUGCUGUGGAUUUUCAGCGGCACAGAAGGAAAGGGCAUCCCAUGCGCAUACUGCAAUUUCAAGAGACGCCACAGAAAUCAGCACCAAAGCUUGACUCAGCAUGGGAGCAGGUAGCAUGUGGUAAAACUCCUGAUCAACAGCUACUAACUCAACAAGCUCAUCAGUUUUUUGCUAAUUACCGGCCAGCGGCACGUACACUACACUUCAAUACAACUACAGUGGCCUAAACUGAACAGUCUGGUGUGUGUCACUAAUUUGCUUUCCUCCUGUGUGAACCCCAGGGUAUCAUCAGUGAAUUAAUCUUUGAUAUUCAAAUCUAGAUAAUUUAAUAUUUUAAGGAAAAACAGAGUAAAUAACUAACCAUAUAAAGAAAAUUGUAGAAACAGAAAAACAGGUCAAACCAAAACAAUUAAUUUAAAAGCACAGACCUAUAUAGCUAGAUGUAAGGGAAAAAAUUUUCACUUUUGCCACCCAUAUGUGGUUACCAGUCUUUGAUGCAAACUUCUUGACAGAAAGAUGUAGAGUUCUGGAUUUUUUUUUUCUUGUGAGCACUAUGGUGAAAGUUGAAUCUAGAGAGGUGGGAAGAAAAUGUCCACUUCUUUUUUUAAAGUUGAUUUUUGAUGGAGUUCCUGCACCUCUGAAAUUGCUUGCAGUGAAGGUACUCUAACAAAAAUUAUGAUGGAUUUUGGUUACUUCAUUGUGGAAAUUUUGUGGUAGGUGGAACUUUUUGAAGGAGAAAGAGACAACAUUUUCUCUGAAGCAAAAAUGUGUGGCCAAUAAUGUAACAAGAGGUAUACAAACUGUCCACUUACAACAAGACAUUGUUUAGUUUUUGUUUCAGAGUGAUACUGUGUGACAAAGUUUUUGAUGGCUUUGAAUCUAUUACUUACUGUAGAAUACACGUGAAUUAGAGGCUUCCGUAAAAUCUGGUGUCAUUUUACAUACUAUGUAUACUAAAAUGAAGCCACUGAUCAGGUGAUAAUGUGAUGGAUUCUUUGCAGUGUUGUCUGAAAUUGAACUUUUAACUGUUCAAACACUUAAUAUUAGACCCAAAGUAGAAAUAUUUUAUGUGGUGUCUUGCAAAAGUUUAUUUAGCCUGUUCAAGCUGAGAUGUAACGUUGGGGUACAUAUACAGUAUAUAUUCAUUCAUGCAGACUUGGGAAGAUUGUCAUUUCUGAGUUGAAUUGGCAGGACUUACGAUUUGUGACUUGCAUAUCUCUUGUACCAUGCAUUGGGACAUAUUUUUACCUUUGAUACAUGAUAAAUCUCUGACAAUGUUUGGGAGAAAAGUUUGUUCCUGUAUUAACUCUAGAUGGGGUCAUACUACUAAGCACUUGUCGAAGGUUGAAUAGUUCCUUAUUGGGUAUGACAGAUUUAGAUUUUUGUUCUUCAUAAGAAAUUGCAAUCUUGCCUUACUCUGUGUGAGAGUUUGGAAGUUUUAUCUGAUUUAAUGGAACUAGGAAGUUUUUCAUGGUUGUGACAGAUCUAUCUCUCGGGUAGGUGAAAGCAAUCCAAAAACUGCAGAUCAGCUCUGUAUUUCUUGGUACACUCAGUUUUGGACUCUAAAAUCUUUUUCAUGUCUAUUCAGGAGAGAUUUUCCACUGUUAGUUCUUUGGGUUUCCUGUGACCCUUAGAAUAUUUCUGCAGAUAAGUUUUAUAUAGUAUCACCGCAUAAAUUCAAAAUAAUCUCCAUGCAUUUGUAGUACAGUACAUUCAGGAAGGAGAAGAGAUUCGUCCAAAUAUCUACUUAUUCAAGUUCACUCGUUUUAUUCACAUUCUGACUAGAAACUUCCGUCUCCUUCGCAGCCGAUCUAGGGUGUGUCACGCAACGCCCAUUCUUCUGUGACGAACGUGGCGUGACAUCCCCAUGAACGGAUGAGAAGGAUAUAUCAUGACAGCCCUUGUAAUUGAUAGGUUAACAGUAUUUUUAAGAAAAAUUAAAACAUUUUUUCCUUUUUCACGAAAACGAAGCGUGCUUGUAAUAAUUGACAAUAAGCAGAUCUUUGGUAGAAUUGCAAGCAGCGAAAUUGUAGAAAAUGAUAGGAAUAUCAUUAGAUCAAAAUUAAAUGUAGAAAGUUUAAAGUAGCUCUCGAACCAUUUGUGACUUGUAUAAGAGGAAUAAUAUUAGGUCUAAUAGCUCUCCAUAUGGUUGUUAGAGGUAUGUCUUAGAGUUAGUAUUAAGCACUGUCAAUGAUAGAAACGAUGUGUACGCGUUGGGUUAUUUUUUAAACCAUUUUUUCCUUGUAAAUAUAUUGUUCUUUUUAUUUUGUACAGAAAUAAAGUAUUUCCAAAUUC